CCCCCAUCCCAACCCAUGACUCACGUGCAGAGGCGGAGACUCCAUAUCGGAUUCACCGCCGGAGGACCGUCCCGUCCCCUAUUCGCUCCACGGACCGCUCUGUACUCCAGCUAGAGAAAACUCACCCUCUUCACUCUGAUACCAGCUGAACAUCGUUUUCCUUUUUGUUAACGCCUCGUUUACAAUGUGAAGAAAAUGGCCGGGACAAGCUCUGAUUGGGUGGAGAUCCUGGAGCCACGCUCCCGUGAGCACAUGUAUGUGAACUUGACCACUGGCGAGUGCGGCUGGGAUCCUCCCCCAGGAGUUCCCGUCCGCCAGGCAGACGGCAACCAGUGGUGGGAGCUGUUUGACCACCAAAGUGGCCGCUUCUACUACUACAACUCGACUGGGCGCCGCACCGUCUGGCAUCGACCCCAGGGAGCCGAUAUAGUCCCCCUCUCCCAGCUCCAGGCCAUGAGGAGAUGCACUGAGGCCAAGCGGGCUGCAGGGGGCGCGGACAGGCCCCACCACGGGACCACGGGGAGUAUCAGCAGCGCAGGGAGCCAAGGGCGCUGCACCCCUCUGCCCGAGCCGGACGGAGAUAUCCCUGUCCCCAGAGGACUGGAGAGCAACGAAGAGGCUGCCAACCCCGAGCUGGAGCCAGCACUGGACAGCAGAUUGCAGGGAGACGGAAGCAGCAGCGAACACAGCACAGAUGGCAGUAAAGACCCACAGAGGGAUGCUUCUCAAAGGUGGCAGCCUGCCCCUGGUUCUAAGGCAGCCAUGUUGGUGAAGGUGAACAGCAUGAGUCGUAACCAGCCCAGCCCAGCCUCUCAGCAGCACCACCAGCACAGCACAAACGGCAAAGCCAACACUUUCACCCUGCAUCCCUCUAGCAACAAGGCACAAGGAGGGCACUCGAGCUCUCCCCAGGGGUAUAAAACUGCCCCUUCUGGCAAAAUGACAGCUGACACGCGUCAUGCCCAUCACCUGAGAAAAGCCAGCAAUGGCAGCUUCUGUUUGGUGACAUCAGAUGGGGGCCAUCCCAGUCCGCUUCUCCACAGGUCGCAGACCAGCACACCACGCCCUGUCUCUCCCCAGUAUGGUUGUACUGCCCCAAUCUAUGACGAGCCAGUUACAGAAUGUCCCAUAUAUGAUGAACCCCCAAUAGACAUGGAGGUAGAGGGGGCACACCUGUACAACGGACAACCUCUGUCGCGCUUGACACCUACCCAUAGCCUCCAAAAGCCCAGACACCUCCAGCACCCCACCCCAGGGUCCAGACACAGGAGGAAUCCUUCUGCCUCUGACUACAGCCCAGCUGGUCUGGAGUGCAUCAAGCACAUGGUCAAUGUGGACCCCAAACAGGGGCUCACACCCGGCUCUCCUUUACCCACACGAACCCCUUCCCCUACCUCCAGGCAGGAUCCUGUCUUGACCCAACCGCAGCAACAUCCGCAGCCCCAAGCCCACUCUUUGCCCCAGACCCACUCUUUGCCCCAGGCUCGUGGCCAGUUGAGAGACAGAGAGCCAGGGACCCCAGGCCCAAAUACACUGGACAAGAAGCAAAGCUGGCGGGUCCUCGAGGCCACCGUCCAGCGUGCCAUGGAGGCCCGACACAGCAGGCAGAGCAGCCAAGCCUCGCAGGAUUUCCCCUCCUCAACCCCUCAGGCCACAGCAAACUAUCAAGACUCUGGUUACUCCACCGGCCCCUCGCCAAGCCUGAGAAGAAAGAGCAGGAGAAGGGUUGGAGCAGGCUGUGCAGGAGGCAGGCCGGGGUCAGUAGGCAGCAGCGGGGAGCUGUGUGCCCUCAAUGAGAGGCUGAUGGCCGAGAUGAGGGAGGUUGUGAGUCGUUCGAACACCAUGAGGGAAGUGAGAGCAGGACUGGACCCGGAGAUGGGGGAGAGGGUAGUCGUACCUCGGACACGCUCCCCUGCGGACUCACUCAGGUGGUAUGGCGGAGGGGGUGGUGGGUCAGCAGGCAGGUGCGCGUCACGAGAGGACCUGACCCCCAGGUCACUGAGUAGAUCGGGUAACCAUGGCAACCCUGCAUUGGCUCCUCUGGAGAUACCGGGGAGGCAGAAAAGGACCUAUGAAAAAGUGGACACCUUGGAUAUGAGUGUGAACAGCCAGGCCAGCCUGUCCUCACCAGAGACCCCAGGCCCGCCCUCACAGGUUGGCACUCUAGAGCUGCAGGCUCAGUUGGAGAGCAGGAAGAAAGGCAUGGUGGAUGGGCGAACAGCUUCCCUGGGCCCCCACCGCUCUGCCAACCAUGAUAACAGAGAGGGAGGUGAUGGGGCAGGAGAUAGAGCACGAGGAUCAGCGUACCAGCUCUCCUACGCCACCCUGCGGCAGCCUCCACCUCCUGCCAUGGGCAUGGAAGACUGGGCCAGCAAGCACCUCAACAUGCACACCCAAGGCCUGUUCCGUCGCCGUGUCUCCAUCGCCAACAUGCUGUCGUGGAACCGCGGAUCCAUCAAAAAGCCCAUGCUGGUCACCAGCAACCGGGCAGUCAGGAAGGAGGCCUGCGAAAUGUUCAAGCUGGUGCAGGCCUACAUGGGGGACAGGCCUUCCCGUCUGGACCGCCGUCACUGCGCCCUGCUCAUCGUCACCAAGUGCUGGGACAUGCCAGGGCUGCGGGACGAACUGUAUGUGCAGCUGGUGAGGCAGACCACCGGCAACUCCAGCCCCAGAAGCUUGGCGGCAGGAUGGGAGCUGAUGGCUGUCAGCUUGGCGUUCUUUGCCCCCUCGCCUAAGUUCCGCUGCUACCUGGAGGGCUAUAUCCAGAGACACACGGAGCCCACCAGCGACAAGAAAUGUGAGUCUCAGACUGAGCAACAGGUGACUCAGUUCAUAUUGGAACAGCAGGAACUAAAGCUGAAGAAGAAUUCAAAGUCCAGAAAGAAGCGGAAACAGAAUUCAGACGAUGAAGAAGGUCUGCCUAUUAGUACGUAUGCCAAGUUCUGCCAUCGGAAACUGCAGAAGGUGGCGAUCACUGGGGGCAAAAAGGGUCUACGUAAGCCCACCUUGGAGGAGAUCGACCACAGUAGGAGGGCCAUCGUCACUCCCUCCCUGUUUGGCAGCUCUCUGGAGGAGGUGAUGGAGCGGCAGAGCGAGCUCUUCCCAGACAGGAAACUGCCCUGGGUGCAAGUUCAGCUUUCCCAGUAUGUUUUGGCUCUGGGCGGGGCUCAGACAGAGGGCAUCUUCAGAGUGCCUGGAGACAUUGACGAAGUGAACGCGCUGAAGCUCCAAGUGGACCAGUGGAGGAUCCCAGAGAAUCUCUCUGACCCCAACGUUCCAGCCUCCCUGAUGAAGCUGUGGUAUCGGGAGCUGGAGGAGCCACUCAUCCCAAUGAACUUCUACAAGCAGUGUGUCAGUAACUGUGACGACCCUGUGGCGGCCAUUGCUGUGGUUCAGUCUCUGCCCGAACUCAACAGGCUGGUGCUCUGUUACUUCAUCCACUUCCUGCAGGUAUUCGCGCAGCCAUCCAACGUGGCUAUAACCAAGAUGGAUGUGAACAACCUGGCCAUGGUGAUGGCCCCCAACUGCCUUCGAUGUCAAUCCGAUGACCCGCGGAUCAUCUUUGAGAACACCCGCAAGGAGAUGUCCUUCCUGAGGAUGCUCAUCGUCCACCUGGACACCAGUUUCAUUGAAGGCGUUGUGUAGACACUGUAAACAAAUGAGCCCACCUCGGGUGCUGAGUCAACUCUCCGGCAUCUCCAGUUACACAUUUACAAUCAUGCGCUAACACUAGCCCCAUUCACACUGCAUUUGGAUGCCGGAAUCCAGCGCCAAUUCUCUGCCUCCGCCUCUGUGUGAAUGUCUCAGAGGCGGCGAGGGGUGAAAUUUCGUAUACCGUCACACCUCUUUAGGAGCCGCUGCGCUGAUUUCAGUGUGAAUUACACAGCAGUUUGUCUUUACACCGGCGCUGCUUCGCUCUGUGUGAAUGGCCAACGGCGGAGAACUAGUGAACCGCUGCUGCGGUAAUAAUGCGGCUUCUCUGUGUGAAAGGGGCUACUGUUUCUGUUCAGACCACACUGGAAACUCCUGGGGUGAGAUAUUAACACCUCUUACGACACGAGGAGUGUGAAAACAGCUGGGACUUUGGACCCUCGCUCUCACUUCUUUCUUACUGAGAGACAGUACAUAUCACCUUAGGUUUCACUGUGUUUUUGAUACUAAAAUCAACAGUGACGGCUUUAAAGUGUUUCACUUUAAGGACUGUGUUUUCUAACCGCUGCAUGUGAAAACAGAUUUACUCUUUCAUUUCUUACUGAAUCGGUAGUGCUACAGUUUCUAACUGAGCUGUGUAAAGUGAGAGUCUUACAGUAUUUACUUCAGAAGUAUUCACCUGCACAGCAAACAUAAAGACAGCAGUGUCGACGCUCUGCUUCUAUUUUUCUCUCCGGUUUCAUUCAAGUGUGUUUGUGUGUGUGUGACUGUCAAGUGUGAACGAAAGACACGGCCUUCUUUUAUCAUGUACAGAAAAAAAAAAUACAAUAUGAAAAUUAAAAGAACUUGUGAUGGUGUCUCAUUAAUAAGCUUGCCUGUGCUGUUUUGAAUAAUUGUACUGAUAGCUGGUUUCCUCGUAUUUCAUGUUACGAGACACAAGAAGCCGCCACAGCAAUUUUGACAGAGUCGGAGCCGUCAUUUCAAAGCCCAAACUGGAAGGAUGUGCGUAAAGCUCUUUUUGAACAGAUGGUGGCGAUUUUCUAAGAAAAUAAACUUGGAAGUGCUUUGAUUUUACAACUAUAAACACUCAAGUGAAGACAGGAAAGAGUGUUGUGGUUGCAGUUUAUGUCCUUGUGAUGUGGGAGUUUGGUUAUUCAACUGUUCAUACUCUUUCUCUCUAUUAUCUGUAAGUCUUUCAAUUGGAAUUGUGUUCUCUUUUGUUUGUGGUCUGUAUGUUUUUUGGCUCAGGUCUUAUGAUAAAACGGGUGUUGGAUGUGAUGACUGUACAUGGCCUCGCUAACAGACUGAGAAUUUGAUGAAUCCACCAGUCAACCCUGUACUGAGAGUAUCGUUAAACUAUCAAGCACUAUGAGAAUGUAGAUGAAGCUUUUUGUGUCCCCUCUCAGGCUCUGCCCAUGUAAAUAAAUUCAGUGUGUAAAUACUAUUAACUCUCCCUAAGUGUAUUCUAAUGAUCCAGGUUAAGGGUGAAGUUAAAUGUUGCUGUAACAAGCAAUAAAAAAGUGUUUUUGUAAUUAACUGUUAAUUCUCUGCUGUAACCGCCUGCCUUUUGAACAUAGGACUGAUUCAAACCACUUUCCAUGUGUGUGUAUAUGUGUGUGUGCAUACCCAUUUGUGAUAAUAUGGAAUGGCUGUCCAUAAAUAAACGGUUUGUUCAGUUGCAGA